CACAGCUUUGAUAGUUCUGGCAGGCGGACCAGCGCCCGUUCCUCCAUCGAGAAAAUCGACGCUUCUGACUAGAAUGGCUGUGUCGGAAGAACAUCAAAUCUUUGUCCGCGGGUACCACAAGCCCACGUUGUCCCCAACGUCGUGUCACUACAUUGCACAGAUCUACGUUUCAAGCUCGCCUCGUGACAGUAGAGCUGUGACGCCUCAUCUAAAUUCACUGUCAGGCCGGCAUCAGAAUGACGGGGAAGAAGAAAGUGGUAACAUCUCCGAUUUCGACACGCCGUGCCACUUCAAUUGUCUCGUUCUGGCGAAUCUGACCGAAGCCAAACUGGUCCUGAAACACCACGAUCAUGGACGAGACUGGCGGUCAAGAGCUGUAGCGUGCAAUCAAUGCAAUGCAUUUCGUUCGAUCCGCCCUUUCUAUUCGACCCACUUGUGUGCAGCUCAUCUUGAUCACUGCUCCCUCUUGGGAAUCUUUUGACGCGUGUUCCGAAUUCCGCACGGAGGGAAAGCUGUUCCAGAUGAGGCACCCGAGUGCUCAAAAGCGUGGGCACAGCAGUCGCCAUAUAAAAACAGUCAUCACUCCGCACUCCCCAGUUUACUUUACUCUACUCCAGUCAGCACUUGUCAUGGACUCCUUCACCUCUGCCCAACUCAACGACCGCAGACGCCGCACUCCUCUUGCCUGCACAAACUGCCGCCAACGCAAAGUCAAGGUGCGCUCCGAGUCCUGGCCGUUGGAGCCCCCCUCUGGCAUAGUCAUCUCAUCUCAUCUGUGCAGUGCAAAGCCGGAGGAGGAGAAAAUUUGUCGCGCGUCUCGUGCGACCGUUGCCUUUCCAAGGGCCUCGUCUGCGAGUUUCACGCGGUCUCGGAAGGCGGCAGUGACUCCUCGACCACGACGCCUGAGACUCUGACUGCGCCGCUACCCCCGGUCACGGGCUGCACUCCAAUGCAAGGAUGCCACAUUACGCUGCGACCCACCAGCACCAGUACGCCGGCCAGUACGCCGAGUUUACGACAUACCCCGACGCGACAUGGCAGUCGCAGCCACAAGCCCAGUACCAGAACCCGAGCGGCGGGCUGCCGCCCGCGGCCUUCAGCCUCCCACAGGCGGGAUACUACCCACCGAGCCAAUGGGUGCAGCAACAACAGCCUCGGCGCUGUGGCUGCCCGCAUCCUUGUUACCACCAACAGCAGUGACCUAUUCUUGUUAUUCUUAUGUAUUGCUACUAGUCGUUGCUAAUGCCCCUGCUUUUGCUGUAUCUAAUGUCGUGCUUUUUGUUUAUUUUUCC